CACCUUGUCUCCAACCUUGUAGUGAUUUCACCAUUUAUUCAUUCUUCAAACUUCUUUCCUAGAAGCUUAACAAAAAUGGCAACUCUUUUAGACAUAUCAGUUUCAGCAUUGAUAAAUAUAGUAACUGCUUUUGCUUUCUUAGUUGCAUUUGCACUUCUCAGAAUUCAACCAAUAAAUGACAGAGUUUACUUCCCAAAAUGGUACUUUAAAGCCCAAAGAAAAGACCCUGUUUCUACUAACUUUGUGGCUAAAUUUGUAAAUCUUAAUUUCAAAACAUAUUUAACCUUUCUUAAUUGGAUGCCUCAAGCUCUUCAAAUGUCUGAAUCUCAACUCAUUCAACAUGCUGGUCUUGAUUCCGUUGCUUUUCUCCGCAUUUACCUUCUUGGCUUGAAAAUUUUCCUUCCGAUGAUGGUUUUAGCUCUUAUCGUAGUUGUACCAGUCAAUGUAUCAGGAGGAACAUUGUUUUUCUUACAGAAAGAAUUGGUUUUGAGCAAUAUUGACAAACUUUCAAUAUCAAAUCUGCCUCCUAAAUCAUAUAGGUUCUUUGUGCAUAUUGCUUUGCAAUACUUGUUCACAUUUUGGACUUGUUUCAUGCUUUACAAGGAGUACGAUACAGUUGCAUCAAUGAGAUUGCGAUUUUUGGCUUCUCAGAAAAGCCGUGCACAGCAAUACACAGUGCUAGUUAGGAAUGUGCCAUAUGUUUCUGGUCAAUCAAUCUCCGAUUCUGUUGAUAAAUUUUUUGAGAAAAAUCAUCGGAACACCUACCUUUGUCACCAGGUUGUUUACAACGGGUACAAAUUAGCAAAACUUGUGAGGAAAAGGGAUAAACUCCAAAAUUGGUUGGACUAUAACCAACUCAAGUUUGAAAGAAAGCCAGCCAAAAGACCCAAAACAAAGACUGGAUUUCUUGGUCUUUGGGGCGAAAGAGUUGAUUCAAUCGAUUACUACAACCAACAACUCGAGCAGCUAGAGAAAAAAAUGAUUAUGGAGCGCGAGAGAAUUCUCCAGGACGAAAAGUGUAUGUUGCCCGUUUCCUUUGUUUCUUUCAAUUCACAUUGGGGUGCAGCUGUAUGUGCGCAGACACAACAAAGUAGAAAUCCUACAUUGUGGUUGACGAGUUGGGCUCCAGAGAAACGCGAUGUUUAUUGGAAGAACCUAGCUAUACCAUUUGUUUCUCUCGCUAUUCGUAAAUUUUUGAUUGGGGUUGCGGUUUUUGGCUUGGUGUUCUUCUACAUGAUUCCCGUUGCGUUUGUGCAAUCUCUUGCAAAUCUUGAAGCUUUAGAGAAAGUAGCUCCUUUUCUCAGGCCUGUCAUUGAAGUGAAAAUCAUCAAGUCCUUUCUACAGGGUUUCCUUCCUGGUCUAGCACUUAAAAUAUUCUUAUGGGCUCUCCCUCUUCUUUUGAUGCUUAUGUCCAAGAUUGAAGGACAUGUGUCAUUCUCUAAACUAGAGCGUAGAGCUGCAGCUAAGUACUAUUAUUUCAUGUUGGUGAAUGUCUUUUUAGGAAGCAUAGCAACUGGAACAGCUUUUGGACAACUUGAUGCUUUCCUUCACCAACCACCAUCCCAGAUUCCGAGAAACAUAGGUGUAUCAAUACCAAUGAAGGCUACAUUUUUCAUUACAUAUAUAAUGGUGGAUGGUUGGGCUGGCAUGGCCAGUGAGAUUCUCAGAUUAAAGCCACUUAUCAUAUUCCAUUUGAAAAACAUGUUUAUAGUGAAAACUGAUCGCGAUCGAGAUCGUGCUAUGAAUCCUGGAAGUGUUGAUUAUCCAGAAACUCUACCGAGCCUGCAGCUCUAUUUCCUUCUUGGACUUGUCUACGCUGUAGUUACUCCUAUACUCCUACCUUUCAUUAUCGUGUUCUUUCUCUUUGCUUUCCUUGUUUAUCGUCAUCAGAUCAUCAAUGUGUAUAAUCAACGGUAUGAAAGUGCAGCUGCAUUUUGGCCACAUCUUCAUAGCCAAAUCAUUGCCAGCCUUUUGAUAUCACAAUUGCUUUUAAUGGGGCUUCUCAGUACAAAGAAAGCUCUUAGCUCUACUCCAAUUCUUAUCGUUCUACCGGUUCUGACCUACGCAUUUCAUAAGUAUUGCAAGAGUCGCUUUGAGCCUGCAUUUAAUAGAUAUCCUCUAGAGGAAGCGACAGAAAGGGAUGAACUGGAGCAGACGGAGGGAGCUGGCCAGAACCUAAGGGCAUACCUCGCUAAUGCUUAUUUGCAUCCAAUCUUCCACUCCUGUGACAAAGCUGAGCUUGAUGAGGCAAAUGUCGAAGAAACCUAUGCACACGUCUCUGAUCUCUAAUCUCUAUCCCCCAAGCCUUAGUUCGAGCUGAAGAAUGCUCCACUUUUUCUCCUCCUUAACCACUUCAAUAUUACAGUUACGGGCAUGAUUUAAAUUCUUCCUUGCAAUAUGACCAUCAUUAUCAGGCUGAUUCUCCCAUUGAAGACUGCUAACCAAUGUACAUUACUUAGUUGAAUCUCAAGUGACUGUUUUUUAUGUGAUCUUGUCGACCCUGUA